AACGAGUUGCCUCCAAUUCCCAGCACCGCCACUUUUUUAUGGGGGAUGGAAAGGAGGAUUUUUCAAGAUGGUGCAGAUGUUUUGAGGUGACUGUUAGUGCACAUCCUGAUACUAACAAGGACAGUUUGGCGAAACUGUUACCUACGUGCUUGGGUGGCGGAGCUUAUAGUUACUGGGACAGUUUAUUGGAUGGAUAAAAAUAGACUACACAGCCGCUAAGGAGAGACUAAAGAGUGUUUUUGGACAAACUGCCUAUUUGUCAACAUUUCAAAGCUACAUUAAUGCACACAGCCACGAUUCUGGUGAAGCGGUUCCUGUGUUUGCUGCAGAAAUCAACCGGUUGGUGGAGGAAGCCUUUUCUUCUUAUGGCAAUGAGGCAAAACAUGGAGAAAAAGGAUGACACUCAUCAGACACCCAAAGUAUGUGGCUUGUCAACGAAUUGCAGUGUUUCUCAGCAUGGAUGAUGAAGUGCACACGGAGGAAAUCAUCAAAGAUGUGCUGAAAGUGGGUAAAAGCUGCUUCAUCCCCAGAUAUGACCAGAGCAGUAACCACAUGGACAUGCUGAAGCUCAAUAGUAUGCAGGACAUGACCACACUACCCAAGACAUCUUGGAAUAUCUUACAGCCAGCUGAAGAUGACAAGAGCAGAGAGGAAGCAUUGUCUGCAGGAGGUCUGGAUCUCAUCUUGAUGCCAGGCCUUGGCUUUGACCUGUCAGGAAAGCGUUUGGGCAGGGGAAAAGGUUUCUAUGACACCUAUCUGGAGCGCUGCUCCCGGCACCCCAAAGGGAAGCCCUACACCAUCGCUUUGGCCUACAAAGAGCAACUGUGUCAGGACAUCCCUGUUGACGACAAUGACGUGCUCAUUGAUGAAGUCCUUUAUGAAGAUGAACAGUAAACAUGUUUGUUAUUUACGCUGCUUAGAACUGCAACAGUAUUUACACUUGCCGUUUCACGCGUGUGUUUGUUGUCUGGCUCUGUCUUUGCGAUAGUGUGAACUAUUUUCUGGCUAUUCAUGCCGGUUGAGUCAGACUUGCAUGACAUCUGUGAAGUUAAAUCGAACGGGGCAAUCAGGAUCUAAAACCUCAUUUUUGACUGUGUCAUCUGGUUUCAGACUCUCAAAUGCAUACGGUUACAAAGAAACGACAAUUUCCUGCUGUUUUUUUUUUUUUUUUACAUUGUGAAACCAUUCCAAACCUAAACGGUUCCUAAUUUGUAUCUUAGUAUGUAGAUGUGUAAUCGGAUUGGAUAUUUUUGACAUAUGCAUUGUGUACCAAGUGAACUGACCCUCAGAAUAUUUAUGUCCAACAGUCGCCCCUCCCAAGGUGACAUGGGUAAAUAUUCAGCAGUAAUCUGAGCUGAGCUGGAGGAGGUGGAAACAUCUGGAAAAGUUUAAUGAACCAGCAGCCAGCUCAAUGAGCUCAGCUGCUUCAGUAGUAAAAAAAAUAAAAAAAAAAUAAAAUAAAACCUCUGCUUCAGUCUUUGCUUGUGGUGUAUAUGGAUUUCAAAGCGUCAAUGUAGUGGAAUAUUUUUGAAAACAACUCUUAUUUGUUACACACCAUAAAUUGACAUGUGCAUGAUGGGACAUGCUCUCUGUGUUAAUGAAGUCCCGUUUUUGUUUAUUUUAGUACAGUGUCGAAAUUAUGUCAUCUGUUUCCCCCAUGAAUCAUGUUGCAGUUUCACUGUGAAACGUGAAACUUGCUAACUGCCUAACCUGCAGUACGAGAGAAGACUGCAACCAAAAACAAAGAAAAACACGUAUGGAACCAAAGUUAUGUCAUAGUCUGUAGAAUGGUGCUUGAUUUUAUGGCUGAACAACAUUUGAAAUAUACUUUCUCACACUCUAUAUUUUGUUCCAAAUUAUUUUGUAUGUUGAAUAAAUGUUAAAUAAAUAGUUUGUGGGUUGAAUAUAUGUGAAAGAAAUGGGACUACUUGUUCUUUGCAAUUUUGUUUAAACUAUUGUAUUUUAUAAUUUGUAACUACAUUUUGGUUCAAUAAAAUCCUGAAUCUUAUAGAAGCCUAUCUAAUUUUUGUUG